AUGCAGCCCCUUCUGCGCGACUCCGUUCUGCUCGACUGGCACGACGAAGACAGUGUGAAAAUACUGAAGAAAUGCAGAGAAGCAAUAGGCAGCAGCAGCAAUGAGAGUGCCGGGAAGGUGAUGAUCAUCGACAUCGUUUUGAACAACCAUGGAGGUGCCAAUAUGGCGACGAAAGAACAACUCCUCUACGACGCCGCGAUGUUUACGUAUCUCAACGGAAAAGUAGGCGACGAGAAAGAAUGGGCAUCGAUGUUCGCUGACGCUGGAUUCAGCAGCUACAACAUCACUCUCUCUGAGGUUUAUCCCUUACUAGUAUAA